CAGGACUGACUGUGGGAAGGGAACCACUGCUGGAGCUGCACACAAACGGACCAUCACAGCCUGGUAUCGGAUACUUAUCUGUGCUUUACUUCACCCGGGACAUGAGAUCUGCAUUUUAGACACGACGACUUUUAUUCCAGCCCAAAAUGACGGUGGACUUUGAAGACUGUAUUAAAGAUUCACCCCGGUUUAGGGCAAAUAUUGAUGAGGUGGAAACAGAUGUUGUGGAAAUCGAGGCAAAACUUGAUAAGCUGGUGAAGCUAUGCAGUGGGAUGAUCGAAGCGGGGAAGGCGUACGUCAGCGCCAACAAGCUCUUUGUCUGCGGCAUCCGGGAUCUGUCUCAGCAGUGCAAGAAGGAUGAGAUGAUCUCGGAGUGCCUGGAAAAGUGCGGGGAAAGCCUCCAAGAAAUCAUCAACUACCACAUGAUUCUGUUUGAUCAGGCUCAGCGGUCGAUAAAACAGCAGUUGCACAACUUCAUAAAAGACGAUGUGCGGAAAUUCAAGGAGACCAAGAAGCACUUUGACAGAGUCCGUGAGGAUAUGGAAAUCGCCCAGGUGAAGAACGCUCAAGCACCAAGAAACAAACCUCAUGAGGUGGAAGAAGCCACCAGCACGCUCAGCAUCACCCGCAAAUGCUUCAGACACCUCGCUCUGGACUACGUUCUCCAGAUUAAUGUCCUUCAAGCAAAGAAGAAAUUUGAGAUCCUAGAUGCUAUGCUGUCAUUCAUGCACGCCCAGUAUUCGCUGUUCCAGCAGGGCUACAACCUGCUAGAUGAGAUCGACCCAUACAUGAAGAAACUUGCUGCUGAGCUGGAUCAGCUUGUGAUUGAUUCAGCCAUGGAGAAGAGGGAAAUGGAGCAUAAACAUGCAACCAUUCAGCAGAGGACCCUCAUGCAGGACUUUUCCUAUGAUGACUCUAAGGUGGAGUUCAAUGUGGACGCUCCUAAUGGUGUGGUGAUGGAGGGCUACCUGUUUAAGAGGGCCAGCAAUGCAUUCAAGACCUGGAACAGGCGGUGGUUUUCCAUACAGAACAGUCAGCUGGUUUAUCAGAAGAAGCUCAAGGAUUCUCUGACAGUGGUGGUGGAAGACCUCAGGCUGUGCUCCGUUAAACCAUGUGAGGAUAUCGAGAGGAGGUUCUGCUUUGAGGUCGUCUCUCCCUUCAAGAGUUGCAUGCUUCAAGCUGAGUCUGAGAAGCUUAGACAGGCCUGGAUCCAGGCAGUUCAAGCUAGCAUUGCGUCAGCCUACAGAGAGAGCCCAGAUACCUACUACAUAGAGCAUUUAGACAGAACAGCGUCCCCGUCCACCAGCAGCAUCGACUCCGCUAGUGAACCACGGGAGCGCAGCGCCCGAGGGGAAACCAUCCUUCAACGGAUUCAGUGUUUACCGGGUAACGAACAGUGCUGUGACUGCGGCCAGGCCGACCCUCGCUGGGCUUCCAUCAACCUGGGCAUCCUGCUGUGCAUCGAGUGCUCUGGCAUCCACAGAAGUUUAGGAGUUCACUGUUCGAAGGUCCGCUCACUCACGCUGGACACAUGGGAACCAGAAUUAUUAAAGUUAAUGUGCGAGCUCGGAAACAGUGUCAUCAACCAUAUAUAUGAAGGCUCAUAUCAAGAGCAAGGUCUGAAGAAACCACUGCCAUCCAGUUCAAGGCAAGAAAAAGAGGCUUGGAUUAAGGCCAAGUACGUAGAGAAGAAAUUCCUGAAGAAACUGGGCUCCACAGAGAUCCUCAUCAACGGAGAGAGGAAGUCAGAGCGGCGGUGGAGUGUGAAGAAAUGCCGGCGACACAACAGUGCGACUACGGUACCAAAAACACGACGAAGAUACCGGCAGGAACCCGGAAGCACCUCCCCUUCCACCCUCUCCUCAGCAGCUGCUAAGUUCAGACGAGAAUCCCUGUUUUGUCCCGAUGAGCUGGACUCUCUCUUCUCCUACUUUGAUACAGGAUCUGGGCCUCGAAGUCCGGCAGGUCUCAGCAGUGACAGUGGGUUAGGAGGCAGCACAGACGGAAGCACAGACAUCCUGGUGUUUGGGUCAGUGGUCGACAGCGUCACAGAGGAGGAGUGUGAGGUGUCAGAAGAUUCAAGUGGUGAAGCUGAGCUGGAGGCCGAGCCGGAGACCUCAGACCCAGAGGACAUCAGAGACCUUCAUCCUGGGAUGCUCCUUUACAAAGCCUCCAAAGCCCGAAACCUGCCUGUCAUGGCUGAAGCACUAGCCCACGGGGCAGACGUCAAUUUGGUAAAUGACGAGGAUGAGGGGAAGACGCCCCUUAUACAAGCUGUGAUUGGGGGAUCAUUGAUAGCCUGCGAGUUCCUGCUGCAGAACGCUGCUGACGUCAACCAAAGAGACGCGAGAGGGAGGGGUCCCCUGCACCACGCCACAUAUCUGGGACACACUGGGCAGGUGUGUUUAUUCCUCAAAAGGGGAGCUACACAGAACGAUGGGGAUGAUGACGGCCAGGAUCCUUUGAGUAUAGCCGUGCAGCAAGCAAAUGCAGAUAUAGUCACACUGUUGCGUCUGGCCAGGAUGAAUGAAGAGAUGCGAGAGUCUGAGGGACCCUUUGGCCAGCCAGGUCAAUACCCAAUCAGCAGCCCUACUGAGCAACAGUAUAAGAAAUGCAUUCAGGAGUUUAUCUGUCUCACUAUAGCCGAGUGCUAGAGAAAGCCUCACUUUUUAUGUAUUAAGUCCAGUCAGGUUAAACUACAGUGUAAACAAAAACAAAAAAAAAAGUGAAGGGGGUGCCAGCAGACAUAAGACUGUCAGUUUUCAACACCAGAUCAAGUGAUUAUUGCAUAUAUUCAGAUCAUUUCCAGGGUUCGUGUCUUCUGCCAGCAGUUCGCUCCCAUCUCAGGAUCACAUCAGAACUCAGUUUAAUCUUCCUGUAAUGAUGUCAGAUGUGACCGGUGUGCUUAAAGAUACUGUAGACGCGUUUAGUGAGGUGCUGAUCAGUCCAGUCACAAAUCACUGCCAUGGAAGAUGGUUUUUUUUUUCAUCUUUUCAGGGUAAUUUCAGCACUAUAGUCAGUCAGUCAGUCACUAGACCACCACUGAAGUCAUCAGCAGUGUAUACGGGACCAAUCUCAUCAUAAAAAAAAUUGGAAUUACUAGAGAAUACGUGGAGCUUUGAACCAAAGAACUGCCACAUGUCACAUCCAAGCAUUCCUAGGUUUAAUUUUAACAUGUGAUUUGUUAUGAUAAUCCAAUGCUAAUCAGUAUUUAUAGCACAGAUGGUACAAAACAGAUGUCAAAGUAAGUAAUACACAGGGGAUUCAGCCAGUUCACUGGGUUGUUAUUUAAUAAUGCAAAUGACAGUUUAUUGGCUGUACAUUUUAUUAUCUAAAUGAUGUGCAUCUGCAGAGGUGGCAGGGCUCUUCAACACCCAGUCCUGUGGUGUAACUGUGACUGAGAGUAAAUGAUACAACUACAAGUGUCAUUUCUCUGUUUUGAUUAAGAGAUUGAGCGAGUAAAGCUUUUAUCUAAAAUUUAAGAGCAAAAUUAUGCACUUUUCUUACUAACAGUAAUUACAAUUCUGUUUUUGCUCUUAUUCCUUCAUUUUACAGGGUUAUUUUUUUUGUUUUUAUUUAUGGAGAAAUGCCCAGAGCAAUAGUGCAAUGAUUAUUUCACUACAGAUAAUCUGUAUUUUUUGUAUUAUGUUUGACAGCAAUGCAGAUGGUAUUUUUUUAAGCUGGAUCUAUUUUGUUAGAUUUUAUUUUACCGAGCACUCACGCAGUAGUAGUGUUGCUGUAUAUUCUCAUUCUGAGAAAGAAAGCCAAUACUCCACAUUUUCAUAAUGUACAAUCACUAUUCUGCAGAACCGACUGCAGAGGAAGAUGGACUUUUUGAUAAAAUCACACUCUACUCACAUAUUCUUCUGUAUAUAACGUAUUUGUAUGUAAAAAUGUUUGUUGACAACAUUGAUCUGAUGUGUCAUGACUCUAUUAGAUUUCUGUUUGUUUGUUUGUUUAUAGUGCACGGGUUUCUGUUACCCAGGUCUUCCUAAACCCUGUUGCUUUUAUUUACUUCUGUACCCAGUGUAUGUGAAUAUUUGACAUUAGUAUUACUGAAUAAUGUUAAUGCCCAUGCUACACUAUAUACUGCCAAAUUGUGAUGACAGUGCAUGGAAUGACAUUCAUGAAUCACUAUGUCAAGUCCUACCAUCUUGAAUUGGCUGGAUAAGGCUAGUGCAGAAACGCUUGAUGACAAUGAACAUGGCAGUCUAGACACUGCUUGAAACAGAAUUCAAUCAAUUUUACAUUACAUUAAAGAGCACAGAUUGAAGUGUGGCCAGUGCAUAGGCAGUACAAGUGAGAUAAUGGGGUUGAUUAGAUGGAAAUGGUAGACUGCUGCUCUGUAAAUGAUGUCAAAUCACUGGAAUAUGUGGACCCAAAUGGACAAAUCGUUACUUUAAAGAAUAACCCCGAAUUACCUUUUUCCAAAGAUGAUCCAGACUGUUGGUAUUUGAUUCAAGCCAAAGACCAAACACAGUUUUCAGAGAGCCAGCAGCUCAUUUCUACCAGCAGAGCAUGAAUCCAAAGAGAUUUUUAUCUCUUAUUAGGGACCAUGUGGGAGUUAUUGGGGUGGGGUGGGUGAACACUAAUGUUGUUUAUAUCACUGUUAUCUAGAUCAGUAGGUCUCAUCCACAUGAAGUUGCACCUAGUUUUACAGAAACCGAACAAAUGUCGGUGAAGCGAAUUCACUGUGCCAUAAUGUGCGUUUUGAAAAAUAUACACAUAUUUAGAUGUCUGUUUUCAGAGUACAUUACAUAGUUAACAUCAUAGCUGUAUGGUUUAUUCUUAAGAAAAUGAAUUUAACAUGACUGCAUAAUGCGAACCCUUAGGCCUA